CCACGCGGUGUUUUGAACGCCGACCGUGCACGAACAACACUACAACGAGGCUCUUGCGAAAUGGUGUUAUCGGAGUGAAAGAAAGCAGAAGAUUUUCAAUUUUCAUCCGUUAUUUACGACCGAAAACUGAACUGGCAAUAUGCCGCAGAUGGCUCAGAAAGGCAAGGAGGGCCAGGUGAAAGCAAAGAUCAACCAGAAGAUGACAGAAAGCGGGGAGAAAGAAAGAUUGCAAGAGAUGUUGAGGCUCAAGUUGACUGAAUGUGGCUGGAGAGAUGAGCUUCAAGCUUACUGCAGAAGUAUUGUGAAGGAGAAGGGGAUUGAUAACGUCACAGUUGAUAUGCUUAUUGAUGAAGUGACACCGAAAGCAAGAUCCAUGGUUCCUGAUGAAGUAAAAAGAGAACUUUUUCAAAGGAUAAAAACUUUUAUCACAGAGAAAGCAGAGAUCCCAUCAUGAGCUACAAAAACUGUCAAAAAAAUUUUACUUAUCGGUAUUUACCACUAAAAAGCAGGGGAACAACAAGACUCAUGUACAUUAACUGAGACAUGUCAUCUACGAAAAGAAUCUCUGAAAUGUUGAUUGAUCUUGGUUGUCUGAUUCGAAAUGUUUUUAGAGAAUGGAAGAAACAGUGUAAAACUGCGUCCCAAAGAUAAAGACAUGUCGUUUUGAAGUAACAGAAGAAGUUCCAUUGAAAUGUAUUGAACGUCCUUUUAUGUUCGAUAACAACAUAUAAGCUGAUGCCGUCAAUUUUUUCUUGAAUAUUCACAUCGUUUCAUAACUACCCUUUUAAGUGUUUCUUUGCCACGAUAGAAGAGUUGAAAGGAUACCUGGAUUUACACAAAGCAUUUAGAUGCUCGGAAAUCAAUCUGGAAUGUAACAAUUGACUUUUUGAUUCGUAACUUACAUCCAUUCUACUAAACACAUCCCUUUAAACUGAUUAAAGUAAAAAUUUGUUUCUCAUCAAUGUUUAAUUAUCGCUCCAUGCAAGGUAGAAAAUCAUAUGUAAUAAAGUGUUAAAUGCAGGGUAAAUGCAGGAAAAUUUGGGAGUCUCACACGCCAUGGACCCGGCGGAUGGUUUCUGCAACCCAAUCAAUUUCCAAAUUUGGCUCUAUUUCGAUUAAAACGAUGUACGGAAUGGAAGGGAACCGAUGCGUUGCGCUUUCUGUUUCUCAGGCCCUGUGAAUCUGUGUUAAAACCAAACCAUACUAUAUGUAAGCCGGCACUGUCAGUUUCUAAAUUACUAACUGUUAUACUUUACCCAAAUGACAAGUACCGUAAAUCCUCGAAUAAGUCCCCGGAGGCUUGUUUGCAAAAAUGAAUUUUUGGGUGGGGGCUUAUUCCAGUAGGGGGCCUAUUUCAAAGUUAAGUAUUUUCCUCAAAUUUCCAAAUGAAAUAAAUUGAAAAAUUACAAAAAGGCUUUUUUGUAAAGGAAGCUUAACAGUCAAUAACGAUUUAUGAUAUCAUUUAAAGAGUUACAAAGUGCUGUGUGAAGAUCUAACAAAUAUUAUAAUUUUUUUAUUAUCACAAAAGUCCCUUUUUUGCUUUUUGGUCUCCAGUCAAAGGAAGUAAUACUGUAAAGCUAUUGUUCUGUGGGGGCUUUCUUGAUAUAAGAUAUUAUUCUGCAAUUAUGCUUCCCUCGAAUAAGCCCCCAUGACAGCUUAUUCGAGGGGGGGGGGCUCAUUUGCAAGAAUGAUUUUUUAGGUGGGGGCUUAUUCGUGGUGGGGCUGGUUUGCAAAAAUGAUUUUUUAGGUGGGGGCUUAUUCGUGGUGGGGCUGGUUUGCAAAAAUGAUUUUUUAGGUGGGGGCUUAUUCGAGGGGUGGGUGGCUUAUUCGAGGGAAGCAUAUUAUUAUUAUUUUGCUAAUUAUAGUGCUAAUUAUUUUCAAGCUUUUCCUUUUCCACUUCUGUUUUCAUCAAACACAAUCUUAUGUAGAAAGAAACAUGUUCAAUUCAAAGCUAGACGUACACCCUCUUGAGUUGCAAUUAUAAAAUUUUAAAGUUUUUCCAAAGCCUUAUUUUAAGAGACUUAACAUAUACUUGCAGGUAUUUCCGUUGCAUUCUUUAUAUCUAUUUCUUCUGACUGUGAGUUUUGUAAAAGCAUUGCCUAACGUGUGGAUUUUUUAGUCUAUUUACAAGUGUUGA